AUGGAUCAAACACAAUAUAUUCAACCGGGUUUUACAAGUACACCGAAUUCUUAUUCAUCUCAACAACAAUGGUAUCCAUCUGGACAAAUUGAACAACGUGAACGUUUACCAUCAAAUGAGCAACAACAGUUGGGAUCGGUGAGUCGUCGUUCAUCGGUUAUAACAUUUAAUCAAAUUGAUAAUAUAUCACCAUCAAAUCGACAACAACAAUCGACCAUAGAUAAUAGAAAAGCAUCUUCAACAUCGACUCAAUCAAAUACUAGUAAUCAGAGUUCAAAAAAUAAUUCCGAUACGGCGAAUUUUCUUUAUCAAUCACCGCAAUUAAAACGUUAUUCAACGAAUCAAACAUCAUCAAUUACUGAAGAAUCACAACAACAACAACAAAUAAAUGGACCUGUUAAAAAGAAACAUGCUAUUUUUGAUGAUAGUGAUGAUGUUUUUCCUAAUAAUCAACAAAAAUCAUCAGAUAAUAAAAAUAAAACUCCAUCAGCAACAACAAAUCAAACAGGUGCAAGUGGACCAAAAACUGGUCUAGUUGGAAGCCUUUUUAAUCGUCUUGGUUGGAAACGACCAACACAAGCGCAUUUACCUGAUGAUAAAGAUAGAACACUCAAGUUUGACCAACAGACGGGUCGUUGGAUUGAUACAUCUAAAUCAGCUGAUGAGCAAGCAUCAACACAAGUUAAACCACCUCCAAUGAUGUCAUCAAACAACACAUCAUCUUCGUUUGUAGCUAAUCCGUUACAACAACAACAAGAACAACAACUGCAACAGCAGCAGCAGCCACAACAGUCGUCAUCAUCAACAUAUAAUCCUUCGAUGACAUCCGGACCUUCUCAUUCAUCUCAACCUCGAACAUUAAGUUUCGGUGCUGGAUCAACUACAACAACUACAAGCACACCAGCACCUCAAACUACAGCUGCAGCUUGGCCUCCACAAUCAAAUACUGUUACUGCACCUAUAACCGCUCAACCAUCGCAACAGCAGCAGCAGCAACAACAACAACAAAAGCCUCCUGCACAAUUAUCAGCUGCUCAGCAACGUCUUCAAGCACUUAGACAACAACAACAACAACAACAAACAGCUAUGCAACAGACUCAAGCUCCACCAGCUACUUCAUCUAAUCAAUACUCUCUUAAAAGUCGACCAAAUCAAUCCCGUUAUGUUGAUAUUCUUGCUUCAACCAAAGGUGCUAUUGCACCAACUCCCAAUGUCUCACUCAACGAUCUUAUACCAACACCAUCAACUGGUAUGCCAACUAUAGCAUCAUCAAACCAAACAAAUAAUUACUUUGUACCACAUCCCUCACAAUCCACAACCGACGGCCAUGAACAAUCAUCAUUUUCAUCUUGA